AUGUCGGUGUCUCCUUCAGUAUCAUCAGCAUUAACAGUGUCAACAAGCAGCUCAUCAGCCUCGAGUUCACGCACAAACAGCUGCAUCUACAUUCAUCAUCAUUGCAAGAACCCGAAACCGUUGAAUGUGGCUGAUGCACACAUCGUAUACGAGGGAAAUGUGGCUGACACCAAGGAUAUUGCUCUCCCGUUUAACGACGGCGACAUCAACGAAAUUUCAAUUGAUAUCGGGGGGUCCUUGGCAAAGCUGUGCUACGCUAUACGAGACGACUCGGGGCAGGGGGUGCGAUUUUGCUUUUUCAGCAUUGAAACAGACCGGAUCGAGGAAUUUAUCACGGUGAUCAAGCAGGUUUUGGCCAAAUACUACGGGCACAACCCGGAAAAAGGUGCAAUAAACGGCAAUCUGGUGCUCAUAGCGACCGGCGGCGGUGCAUACAAGUUUUACGACAAGUUGAACACAAGCUUGCAGUGCAAAGUGCAGAAAGAAGACGAGAUGCAGUGUCUUAUCAUUGGGCUUGAUUUCUUCGUCACGGAAAUCCGCCGUGAGGUUUUCUACUUCGAUGAGUCGGCCCACCGGUAUAUCGACGUGCAGAUGGCCGAGGAUCCGGUCACGUGCACGCCGAUCGUCCAGGACCAGUACCCGUAUCUCUUGGUAAACAUCGGAUCGGGUGUUUCGAUGGUGAAAGUGACGGGACCCGGUCCGGACAGCUUUGUUCGGGUUGGCGGCUCAUCUUUGGGCGGUGGCACGCUUUGGGGGCUUCUUUCCAUUCUUACAGACUGCAAAACGUUUGACGAGAUGCUUGAGAUGGCAGCCCGCGGCAAAAACGAGAAUGUAGACCUUCUGGUGGGUGACAUAUACGGCCGAUCGUACAACAACAUCGGGUUGAAAGCCAGCCACAUUGCCAGCAGCAUGGGGAAAGUGUACAAGAAUGUUUUUGAGGAUGAAAGCGGGAAGAAUAUGGACAGGGCGCACCGCCUGGACAAAUUCCACCAGGAGGACAUAGCAAGGUCUCUUCUCUACGCUGUUUCCAACAACAUUGGCCAGAUUGCCUACCUGCAAGCCCAGCGGUACAACCUCAAAAAGAUAUACUUCGCCGGUUCUUACAUCCGCAACCACUACCAGACAAUUCGCACUUUAAGCUACGCUAUCGACUUCUGGUCCCAGGGGACUAAGAAGGCCUAUUUUCUUCGCCAUGAGGGCUACUUGGGCAGCAUGGGUGCUUUUCUCAUGCGGCGGGCCGAGUAG